CUCAAAUGAUCUUCUUUCGUUCGAUUUCAGAUUUUAACUGGAUUCCAUGGACUUCGCAUCAGGGCGUUCCUCCAAGGGCCGUCCAUGCCGGUAAUGAUCCGGAUGGUUCGUUGAUUUACGUCGGCCGAGCACAUCACGAGGGUGACCUACUGCCGGCCAAGGUAAUCCCUAGCAAGAAGAUCUGCUACGUGUCGCACAAUGGAGCCGAUGUCUCUAAGUCAACGUUCGAGGUGCUGAUCGGAUCGGCCUUUACCUGGGUUCCUAGUGUUAACGGGCAGAUACCGGGAGAGGCUGUACUUGGAGGUCGUACGGCAACCGGUGAACAGUUGUACAUCGGGCGUACCCAUCAAGAGGGCAGCCUAAUACCGGGUGAGAUUCAUCGAUCGGACAGUUGUCUGUAUAUCCUAUUCGAUGGCACCGAGCACAGCUUCAGGCAGUACGAGGUGUUAACGGGUUCGUCACGCUCAACCUGGAAACGGUGUUCGGCACAUGCGCCCCUCCCUCUGGGUGCCAUCUUGGCCGGUAAGGAUUCGGAUGGUUCAUCGAUCUUCAUUGGUCGGGCGUAUCAUGCGGGUGACCUGUUACCGGCAAAGGUGAUACCCUCGAAACACGCUGCAUAUGUGUCACACGCAGGUGAUCAGACAUCGAUACAGACAUACGAGGUGCUCUGUAAUGGGGACAUGUCCUGGGUACCGUGCGAAGCUGGUUACGUACCACCGAAAGCUGUCGUCGGUGGACGUACUGAUUACGGAGAAUUGUUGUACAUUGGACGCGCACGCUACCGUAAUACGCUAACUCCGGGAAAGAUCCAUCCGAGCCUUAAGACGCUCUACAUCGCGUACGGUGGGAAUGAAAUCAGUAUCGAUAGCUACGAGGCUCUAGUCGAGAACUAAGAAAACGUCUUUCUACUAGAAUGAUUGAGUAAAGACCAAUUUUAUCAACCGCCCAGUCGCUACCAUGACGUUGUUCACGAAUGUUAUCACCUUAAGGAUCGGUAGGUUCUUAAUGCAUACCGUUUGGCGAUACAAUAUUUAAAAAACAUUUCGUUUGUGCUUUAGUGGCUUAGAGCUUUGAAGAAUAGCGAUCUAUGGUUCAGAACAGGAAGCGCAACAUGUAUUUUCACCUGUAAUCCCAGCUUGUGAAAUGGAGAAGAA